UGAUAUUUCCUCCCUCAUUUUUUGACGUCAUGGAGCAUUUAGCUGUCCACCUCCCGUAUGAGGCAUUGCUUCGAGGACCAGUACAUUAUGGAUGGAUGUAUCAGUAUGAGCGGGCCAUGAAAUAUUUGAAGGGAAAGGCAAAAAACCUCGCAAAGGUUGAAGGUUCUAUAAUUGCUGGAAGUUUGACGGAAGAAACAUCUCACUUCACAUCGUACUACUUUGCACCUAAUGUACGGACCCGACAAAGAGCUCCAAGAAGAUAUGAUGAUGGUGGUGUUGCCCCAACAUAUGCAGUUGCUGGUGUUCCGGAUAUCUUUAGCCAGAUUGGGCGAAUGGGUGGGAAAACGAAAGAGGUUUGGUGGUCGAGUGAUGAAGACGCCCAUAGUGCACACACUUACAUUCUACUUAAUUGUGAGGAUCCAUUUAUGCGCUAUUUUGAAAGCCUAUUUGUUAGUCAAGUCCAAGAAGCUAUCCCAGGCAUAUCCACAAGUGAGGUAGAUAAAAGGAAAGAUCGACACUUUAUUAAAUGGUUGAAGAGUCAGGUUGAAUAUGAGGAUCCAGAUUAUCCCAUAUGGUUUCACGAAUUAGUUCAGGGUCCACUUGCAAAGGUCACCACAUCACCAAUGUAUUUCUCACGAGGCUUUACUUUUCAUACGUACGAGUAUGGUAAACACCGGGCGACCAGCAAUUAUGGAAUUUGUGUGAAAGGCGAAACCGAUUUCUACGGGAUCUUGCAGGAGAUUAUUGAAGUGGAAUUCCCUGGGUUAUUGAAGCUGAAAUGCGUCAUAUUCAAAUGUGACUGGUUCGACCCCGUGGUCAACAGAGGUGUUCGAUUUAACAAAUUUGGUGUAGUUGCUGUCAAUGGUGGACGGAGGUACAACAAAUUCGAGCCUUUCAUAUUAGCUUCGCAAGCAGACCAAGUUAGCUUCCUACCAUACCCGAGGUUGCGAGAAUCUGGAAUAAGUUGGUUAGCUGUUAUCAAAGUUACACCCCGUGGACGAAUAAUCGGUGGAGAAGAACCACCUUUGCAAGAAGAACACAUCAAUGAAGUCGAAGAACCUGAACAACAAAUGGAAGACAUCCUACUCAUUGAUCCGCAUAAUCAUGAGUAUGAAGAUCUUCCCGACGAUACCACUGACGAUGCUGUUGAGGACGAGUUUAAUGAAAGUGAUGAUGUUUCUAGUGUUGAAGAGAAUGAUGAUGUAUCUGAAUGAUGAUGUAAUUUUUUAAAAAUAUUAUUUAUUUUCAGACUUGA